GCCAAAAAGUGAAAAAAUCUGCACUCGAACGGACGUACAGGAAGCUGUUAAAAAUCCAUCAAGGUGUCUGACCAUGGACCGCCAUACUUGGGCUCAGGAUGUGUUUCGCUGUCAUCUCUGUGAGAGCCCGGGCCCCCGUAUGUACUGUGACAUUUGUCAUAUACAUCUUUGUAAAGGAUGUGUUGGAGAACAUCUUUCCGAUGAAUCCAAAGAUCACAGAGUGGUGCCAUUUAAGAAGAGGGGACUUAAUCCUAAAUGUUUAAAACAUUCCACACAAUUAUGUGACCUUUACUGCGAACAAUGUGUCAUUCCCAUCUGUUUGGAGUGUGUCUCCUCUAGUGAACAUCUAGGACACAAACAAGUGGGCAUAUUAAAAAUACUAGAUACUAAGAGAGAAGCUUUUCAGAGAGAUAUAAAAGAAUUAGAAAAUUCCAUUUAUCCUAAAUAUCAAGAGAUUGCAUCUAAUAUCCAUGUUAAGAAAGCUGAUAUAAAGGAAAACUCUCAGAAAUUAACAACAGCUCUAGAGAAACAUGGAGAAUACUUGCACAGAGAAUUAGACAAUGCAAUAAAAAAAUUGAAAUCUGAUGUGAUUGAAAUGGAAUUCAAACACCUGGUUGUACUUGAUAAACAGGAAAAUGAAAUCAAACGCAGCAUUUCUGAAAUCAAACAGAACAUAGAAGACCUCAUCAAGCUACUGAACUCUAAUGAUGUCAGCCAUAUCAGUACCUUCAAAUCCAGGAAUGCUGAAUUCAGAAGAUUACCUCCUCGAUUAACAGUUUUCUUACCAACAUUCACUCCUCAGAAGAUUAACAAAGAACAGAUUUAUCAGCAGAUUGGUUCUCUGUCGGCUUUAUCUAUAAAAACAGAAGAACAUGGCUACACAAUGGAUUCUCCUGGUGCUGAGUCCUCUCCCCUGAACAGACCGCUCAUUGAUGCACCUCGGAGCAUCACAGAAAUAAACACAGAGUAUGGACACUCUAAUGAAUUACUCAAUGUGUCCUGUCUGGGUGAUGAUGAAGUUUGGACUAGUGGUACGGACAAAAUGAUAAGACUCUACAACCUCAACAGUAAACUAGUGAAGUCAGUCCGAUCCAAAUCAUGGAAAAGGCCAUGGGGCAUAGCAGUGAAACAGAGUGGCGAAAUAGUUUAUACUGAUCCCUAUGAGAGAACUGUGAACAUUAUGAAGAAUACACAGAUACAAACAGUGAUCAGACUUCGGGAAUGGUAUCCGUUCUAUGUCUGUACUACUUCCUCUGGUGACCUCCUACUUGUCAUGAUCACUGAUGAUCAGAAACAAACGAAAGUUGUGAGUUACUCUGGCUACUCAGAGAAACAAACGAUUCAAUACAACGACAAAGGACAACCUCUGUAUUCAUCUCAAUUUGGCCCUAAACACAUCAGUGAAAACAAGAACCUAGAUAUUUGUGUGGCUGACAAUGAAGCCCGUGCAGUAGUGGUAGUCAAUCAGGCUGGCAAACUUCGGUUUACUUACACCGGUCCUCCCUCUACUACCAAGAAACCAUUUAAACCAGUCGGCAUCACUACAGACAGCCAGAGUCGGAUCCUGACAGCUGACAUUAACAACCACUGUAUCCACAUCCUGGAUCAGGACGGACAGUUCCUCCGCUACAUUGACAACUGUCAUUUACAGAGUCCAUAUGGUUUAUGUGUGGACACAAGAGACAACCUCUUUGUGGGUGAGCUAAUGACAUGUAAACUGAAGAAAAUCCAGUAUUGUAUGUAAACAAACUGUGAUCGUAAUGUUAUUUGCCAGAACGUUAUCAUCAACCAAGUGACCAUGCAAAAAAACAUGUUUUAAUUGUAGAUAAACUGAUGGUAUGUAAGUGUUACACAUUGUUUACACAAUAUCAAAUGUAGCGUUAUUGUGUACGUGUGUUAUGUUUUAUUAAACUUUAGUGACUGUAACAACUAAGAGACUGUACGUUAAUUUAUUGUAUAAUUUGUGUACUCAUAUGAUUAAUAUAUUAUAUUUUACAUGUAAAUUGGCAUGUUAUAUGUGUUAGUAAAUGUUGAAAAUUAGUACUGUUAAGGCAGUUUCAGAUUUAUAUUAUAAUUAUAUAAUUAUAUUAUAUAUUAUAUUAU